GUCAAAACCUUAGAUUUGCUCUUCCGAGCUCCAACACCGUCAAAACCUCAAAUCUACUCUUCCCAUGCCGUCAAAACCUCAUAUUUGUUCUUUCGCUUCCCCCAAAACGUCCGAUCUUCUUAUUGCAUACAAUAUUCUCAUCUUAUAGAGCUCUGAUGGUGAGCAGAUAUAGAACAAAUCAUAAGCGAUGGAGGGUUACAGAACGCUUGGAAAAGUAGUCGGCGGUGGAUAUUUUUGCGCUCAGCUCUUCUCCCUUACCUUCCGCGUGGCGUGCUUCCGCCUCCAGCUCUUUCACAGCGCCGCUCCUCCCCGCCGCUCCUUGCAUUACAUUAUCAGAUCGAGACUGCCAAAAUUGAAGAGGUUGGCUGCGAAGAUGAAGCGAAAGAAGAAGCCAUAGACGCCAGGAACCGGGUGCUAUCGCAUCUCUGUGUGCGAUCCAAACAGAGAAGAUUGACAGUCCAUCGGCCUAAAGUUUGAAGAUGUAAAGCUGCUAUCUCUUCCUUUUCAGUUUAGAAGGCCAAGGCUAAGGGAGUCUUUCUUUUGUGGUUGCUCACAAGUUUUCUACCAAUGCCAACGACAAGCUUGCAUUGUGUGCUCUAUGAUACCAAUUAUCAUCUCCCAAGCUGCUCUCUCCGUUCUUUCUUUUCCAGAAAUGAGAGUUAGGUAGAGCACACCUUGACAGCGAAACCAAUGUGAUCUGAACUUGUGACAAUGUGUUUACAUUAUACAAUGGAUGGAUAUCCUGGUGUUUUUCCUGUCAUUAUGAAACUUGCUCCUACAAGGUAGCUAAGAUCUUCUAUGCUAUAUAUGAAAUGUUUGGACUAAGAUUCGCAAGGCUGAAGCUUCAACAACGAUGCACGCUGCUCGAGCUUGGCAAAUUGGGUAAUCGAUAGACUUUGCACGGACCUCAGACUUUGAAGCGUAUCUGUUGAAAUCAAAUGAUGUUAAUUUA